AUGCCACUUUACCCAGCUCAUUUACCCCAAACCAAUUUCGAACCCGCUAGUUGUUAUCUGAGCUGCCAAGCGGAAGCCGUGUCGGACGAAGGUCGUCACGCGAACCGAACCACUAGACGUCCACCGCUUCAUAAUACACCGUUACCGGAGAACGUCGUCACAUGUGCUCAGGAAACAUUGGAGGAAUUGGACUGGUGUUUGGACCAGCUGGAAACCAUUCAAACCCAUCGUUCCGUUUCCGAAAUGGCUUCCAGCAAGGUUAGUGUGCCGGCUAUUGUUCCCUCUCUCGUAAACCAACGUCAUUGA